GAAUGGUUGAAGCACCGCACAAACAAACAAUUUGGUCAUACGUGGUGUAAACCCUAGGACGAUAUGAAGCUUCUGUGGUUCCUGUCACUUCAACUCGCGUUGUGGGGCUGCACAUGCUAUGCAGCUUACGAGUUCGAUGUGCCACCCUAUGCGUUACGGCGCGCAAUACAGAACUGCUGCAAUUCACGCUUGCUCCGGGUGCUGAAGGACCUUGAAGAGGGGCAUUCGCUCACCAUAGCAGUAGUCGGUGGCAGCUUCUCGCUGCCAGAUAGGAUAGGCGCCGAUGACGUGUGGUUCAGCCAGCUGGUCCGCUACCUGCGUGCAACCUACCCGCGCGCCAACAUCACCGCCAUCAAUGCGGCGGUGGGCGCAUCAAGCGCAGGGUUUGGAUACCUGUGCCUUGACAAGAUGCUGCCUCCGGAGGUGGACCUAGUGUUUCUGGACUAUGGGCCAAACGUGGUCAACUGGAGCUGCGACAUCACGGGCCAGCACCAAUACUACGAGCAACUCAUUCGGCGGUUGCUGGCGUAUCCAGGCAACCCGGCGGUGGUGGCCAUCGAGCAACUGCUCCCCAACAAGAAGCCCAUGUACAUGUACUCGGAGGUCACGGCCAGCGCGCUGUACCGCUACUACGACAUGCCCUACAUCUCAGUGUCAACCGGCAUCUACCGGCUGCAGGCGCUGAACCUCAGCGGCUUUGCAGAACACGAAAUCCGCGUGCCCAACCGAGUCUGGGGCUUUUGGCACUAUAACGCGCGAGGCCACAAGCUUGUGCUUGACAUGGUGGUCUACAUGCUCCAGUCUGCCACCGCCAGCAACCUGGCCGGCAUAUGGCCGGAGCAAACAGACCCCUUCUGGGUGGACGAGGUCCCGGGCGGCCGCACGCACACCACACUGCUGCCGCAACAUCCCGUCAAACAGCCUCUGCUGUGUAUCAUGCCGGAUGAGCUACACACGUACGUUGACUCCCACGAAGGCUGGGAGUUUGGAGCCGAUGACCCAAACAAACGCAAGUACGGCUACAUUUCAUACCACAACGAGAGCAGUGGCGCCGACAACCGCCUGCUGAUAAAGUGGGAUCCGUCAGCCAUCGCGAAUGCCGAUGCCAAGUCGACCUCGUUUGUCCUUAUCCUGGUCUACCUGGCCUCAUAUUCCGGCAUGGGCAAAGCAACGCUGUCUUGCUCAGGCGGCUGCACCUGCGGGGUGCAGACCAUCAACGCAAACAUCACCAACUUCUCAAUUUCCCAGGUCCGGCCAGUAAGCGUAAAUCUGGUUGCUUCGUCGCAGUCGCCAGGCAGCAGUGCGGCCGCCGCCUGCCAGGUGGAGGUGGUGAACACCAGCAAGGGCGGCAAGUACUCGAAGUUCAAGGUCACGGGCUUCGUGCUGGCCGAGAUGUACCCCGGCAGGGAGAAGGAGAUCGGAAAGGUUGCGUUCAUGAACCACGAAGGAAGCGUCCGCAAGGCGACAGUUGGAUAGCAGGUGGCUUUCCCUGGCGCCCGUGGCUACAGGGUCCGAGCGAUACGCUUUUCCUUAGCCGUGUGGCCGUGCAGCACACGUGUGUAUGAUGCAUGCAAGCAUGAGCGGGAUGGCAGAGGGUCGAUAGGACAGCAUUACCAAGCAUCAACUGCAAUAAAUGUCCUUGAGCGUGCGUAGGAAACCGCAGGUGGGCAGAGAUUUACCGUAAAUACGAAUCCGCAAGCGUGCAAUGUAUAGAGAGCGCACGUGCUACGGCAAUGUACAGACCGGGUGUGUCACAGAUGUGUGUAGCAGUUGUACAUACAACCCAAGCCGCGUUAUCACACGUGCAGACUCUAAGCUUCUUUACCGUAGGUAGCGUGGCUGGGCGCUGGGUGCCUCGGCAGGUUUGAGUUCGAGGUGCGAGAAGAGGGGCAGCACGGCACCGAGCACGGGAUGAGGCUGUGGAUGCCCGCUCGGCCUCCCGCAGUAGUUCACAACUAUCGUGCUGUAACAGCACAUAUCU